AGUUAAAUACUAAAAAAAAUGUGAGAUUUGAACCGUUUUAUUUAUCUGCACGCUAUAAGCUUCAACUUUCUCGCUGUGCUGCGGAAACGAUUGUACGAAGUGAUGCAAGAAAUGAAUCACAUUUCAAGACAAGAAUCAUUCAAAAUGGAAAUGAAGUUGCCUUUUGUCACAAACCCCUCAAUGCAGUGCGAACAGAAGCAAAACGAAAAGGUUGUGUAAUUAAGUGCCCCAGCAUUACGCCGAUAAAGAAUGCAAUAUAAUUAACUUUACUGGAAGCAAUGGUUCGUACGGCAGUGUGCUACACUAGCUUUUCUUCCUUAUUUUCCACCCAAAUCACCCAAAAUGGGAAGCAAUGCAACGGACAGAGGAUGGGUUUGGGAGUACAGCCGUUUCGGAUGCAGUGUCGCCCCAUGUGUUUAGUGAGCCAAAAAGGGUCGACCGAAACCGAAAUAUCUCUCACAAUUUUCCAUCGCCCCACCAUCCGAUGACACCCGAUGAUCGACUGCCGAUUGAGACUGGCGUUUGCGUGCGCUGGUGCGCUUGGUGGAAAGCAAGAGUGAGAAAGCUAUCGUCGAGCGUGAGUUUGUAAGCUGGGAGGAUGAGAGUAAACGCAUCUCUCGACACAGCACAUACGCUGGCCCCAACGGGCAGUAGUAGUGUGAACGCAACGCAGGCACGAAUAUUUUCAGGAAAUCGGGAAAAACCAUUUUUCUCGACGUUUAUUUUUGGAAAUGUUGUUCUCGGUCGCGCACCGUCGUACCGAGCGCGAGCAGUGCAGAUCACACACCACGGGGCUACCACGGGCGGUUUUGGUCUGUUCGGGUAUUUGGUAGUUUAUUCGUGGCGUGUCACUCUAGGAACCGACACACGCACGGUGUUGCGAGCCAUCGUCUUGCGGUGUAGUUUUAAGCGGUAAAUUUUUGCUUCGUACGGUAAUGAAAAUUUUGAGCCUGGGAAAAGGAAAACUUGCCUCACUGCAAGUGAAAAGCGAUUAAAACACCGGGAAAAGCAUCGAAAUACCGUUACGGGAACUUGCGUGUGUGAGUGUAUGUGUAUAAAUGGUGAAGGAAAAUCCCUUUUGGUGUAUGGUCGGAAAAAGGGCCGGGCACACUCAUAUGCCCCCAAAAAGAUCCGGGGAGGCGCUGUACAAAUGAUGUGUGACGGUUUUUGGGUGUGUUAAUGUGUAUAUGGUGUUGGUGUGAGUGUACGUGUGCCAGUACGUGAGCAAACGGGAUAGAAAAUGUUGGUUCCUUUUGCAAUGAACGAUACAAAAUAGGGAUCGGUAAGAAAUAAACGCGAAGAAAAGGCAAGAACCUAUAGUGAGUGCACCCCAUCAUCACCAUCAGUGAGGAAAAACAAAAGUUUCUCUCAUCGCAGUGUGCACUACUUGAAGUGAAGAAGCAAAUCGGUGAAGAAAAUGGGAAAAGCGCCACUAACCGCCGGUGGAAGCUUCGGCACGCGACUACUGUUAAACACGCGCAGCGGAAGGAAAAACAUGGGAACAGGGGAAAGAAGGUAACAAGAAAGGAGAAAAGAAAAACAACACAAAAACAAAGUUUCCAAGUGUGCACGGACAUGGCCACAAUCGCACACCAACACACAGUACAGUGUUACCGGAAUUUCAAAACGUCCCCGAAUCGUUACGGAUGAUUUUUCCGAAGUUGUGUGAGAAAAACGUGCAACAAGCGAAGAAGCAAAAGGGAAAACACACAUCAGGGGAAGAGGUCCGUUUAAAUUAUACUUCUUUUUUUUACGGGAAAAAUGUUUUUCUUCACUUCUCAUCAGUUAGUCUUGCGUGGGUGCGAAAAAUCAUGGCUGAAAGAGUUUUGAGAUUUGCCUGCCUUACAUUGGUUAAGCGGAACGUGCAUGAAGGACACUCGUCCAUGUUCCGGUUAGCUGGAAAAACUGCAUCCCAUCGUACGAACGGUUGUUCCAGCAAAUGUUUGGGAAGCCCGAUAAGCCGCUCGUUAAGCGGAUAAAUAAUGACCCCGGUUCGCAUGUGGGGGUGUCAGCCAUAGGAUGGAUUUUUCACUUGAUUCCAGACGAUAGGGUAAACUCGAAGAAGAAAGAACAAGAAAAAAAAAACGAUAAAGAAGUGGGUAAUCAAAUAAUUAAUUAGCAUUAUCAAAAAGGGGAAGGAAACUGCCAUCAAUUUUGGUAGCCUUUAUCUACUCGUACACACGCCUUCGUCUGUCUUCGAUCGUGUGUUUUUUGUGUGUUUUUUUAGUAGCAACUAAAGUUACUCUUUGUGCAUCAUACUGGAUGGGGACUUGGAUGUGGUCAAAUUGAUAAUGUGCGGCUUGAGAGUAAACAUGGCCCGGGAUCAAAAUCCAUGUGAAGAUCGGGUUGAUUUCUGGACAUUCUUAAAGUCUAAAGAUCAAGAAAAAUUGUAUUAAACGUCUAUUGGGCAGUUUAGUAAAUGUUCUAAACCUUUUUUAAUUUAAAGUUAUAAAAAUGUUUUUUUAAAGGCGUAACAAAGUACAAUCUUACUAAUGAAACCUUCAAAACCAUUUUUUUUCAAUGAUACUUGACUGCAAAAGAGUGGCGGAUGGAAAAAAUGGCCAAAAAAAUCGAUGUUGUGCAACCCUGACCAAAUUCCAAACCCAUCUUGCUGAAUGUCCUGUCCAUUGUACGGUUUUCAACAAAAAAACACACAGUUUGAAAUCGGAAGUGCCCUUGGGGCCGGCAUACCACCCAUAACGAACUCAUAAUUGAGUCGAAAUCUUGCUCCUUUUAGGUGUAGUGUUCCGGCGACACACUGUCCAUAAACCGAAGCGAUGUACAAAACCACUCUCGAUUCGAUCGUAAACUUUUCUCGACCAUUUCUUUCGAGUCUAUAUGAACAGCAGUUUUUCUUAUGAAAUUACCAUACACCAAUAGACGAAUCUUUCGGUUCGGUUGAGGGAGAGACACGACAUCAUCGAGUGUGAUUUGAAUAAUUUGUCCUUCGUGUAGUGCAUUUUAUAAAUGAAUUUCCACGACAUUCCUCCUGUCACAGAUCUCCGGUAUACCCGGCGAAGACACCGGCCUCGUAACAGCAUGGCAUGGUGAACGAUAAAAACUAAUUAAAUAAAAACUUUCAUUCGUCUCCUCCCGACAAUUGACGCACACGGCGCGUAGGGAAUGGGCGUAUAGGAGACACCAGCCAGAGAGGUGGAUGAGCAAUGAAUGCAGAAUAGUUCCGGUAAUAUGGAACGUUGUUAACAAGAAUUUUAUGAACUUUGUUGGAUAGAAAGCGGAGUACGUUUUAUUAGGUGUUUGUCAGAUUUACAGUUUUUUUUAGUAUGCAAUGAAUGCACUAAUUUGAUUAAUUCUUGUACGAAUGCGUACGGAGUUUAUGUCGCGUUGUUAUGUUAUGGGGGCUCUUUAUAUGUGCUACAAUUCUUUGCAAGAAUUGGAAAUAAAGUUGCAAUUGGUAAUGAGAGAAUGCUUGGAAAAAAGGUUUAAUAUAAAGAUUCGUCGGUUUGUGUAAUAAUUCUCUUACUUACAAUAGAAUAUUAUUAUUGAGGAAUCUUUCACUGGUUUUUUUUCUAGAAUCCUAGCAGCUUCUUGCUCGAUCGAUGCCUAGGUGUACGGUUGAUAACACAAACCGGGUGCAUUAACACGUAAAUUGCCAUUAACCAACCCAUUGUGUGCUGGUGGCUUGAAUGGAACUUGAUUGUAGUCUUUUCUUCCUCCGAGGAAAAGUGAUAACCCAAUUUAGACGUUGGAAUACACCACAUCAGGGAUGAGCAACUAGUUUUUGAUUAUAGUCGAAUUAUAUUUCUAGUUUGAUUAACGAGCAAACUUUAAGUAAUUCAACUCUUUAAUUGUAUAAUAUUUCCCAAAUCAUUUUUUUCCAAUAAUCUUUAAAACUAGCUAUGAAAAUGAUACAGUUUUUGCCAUCCCUUUAUCGGAGAUCAUGUAACAGGAAUGACCAUUUGGAAGAUAGUGUGUGAAAAUAAUCAAACUCCCGACAACUAAGUUUGUAUGAUACAGGCCAGAUGUUCUUAAUAAAAUAUAAUUGAAGGUAUGAAACGUUCCUCAAAAGUUGUCCAGAGUCCCACGGCAAAUUGCUGGGAAUCUUUUUUAUGUCUAUAAUCUCGAUAUUCUAAUGUUCUUGCUCAAGAGGGUAAUGUUAGCUGAAAUAAAUUAUUUAAGUAUAUUUAUAUAACAUACAUCUCCUUUGCCAUUAUGAUUGAAAAGCUUUUCCACCCCUGUAACUAUCGCACCCGAUGGAACUGGAGUCACUUUCAUCCAAACCAUUCUUCUUUGCUCUUCAACGAAAUUGCAUCCCAGGGACGAGGAAGAAAUCCCACCACUUGACUGUUUGUGGAUCUUUCAUCAUGUACUCCGGUUUGCGUCCGGAUACUACAUACAGCCCUGGGUUUAUGUAUCACAGUUUGCCCUUCGCUCCAGCUCCAUUUCCGCCUUCCAACCCGUUCGUGCCUUAUCGGUACACUUGGGACGGGCAAAGGAACAAGGAUCCCUUCGAGCCGAUAUCGUUCGGUACGAGCACCAGCACCCUAAUGUACACUUCCCUUCAUUGUCCGCAAACUAUUGCACUAUUCGCUUGCCCUGCUACGAACCUCUUUUCGAGGACGGGGGAUUUCGCUGCGAAGUGUCUCAGUUCCGGCUCAAUUCAGUUCUUUCGCAUUUGUGAAAAGCAAUUUUCCACGCUUGAACAAAACGAACCGGGGUCGACCUUUGCCUUUGCGAGCUAAUGCAAACGAAAGCUUUUCUUGUCAUUUUUUUUUUGUUCGCAUUUAAAAUGCAAGCUUACGCUUAACUCGAUUCGAAGGCAAAUGAUUGAAACGAGUUGUGACUGCUAAGGGUAUUUUGGUAGGAAAUGUUUACAUAAGAAGGAUUGGAAUUCUUUUUUUUUAUACAAAAAAAUUAAUUGUAAUUUGAAAUCCAUUUACGAUUGAAUAUUUUGUUAAAUUAAUUUAGGUGUAGAGCGGCUACAGCAUACCUAACUCAAACAUAACUCAAACAUAGUUGGAUGACUUGGCUGAAUACUAUCGCUACGAGGCUAUUUAUUCAGAUGAGCUAGGAUCUUUUGAUAGACAAUCCAGAUUCAUGAAUUCUGAACGAAUAUUUACACCGAAACAAUGACACUGAAUCUCUAUCAUGAAGAUUCAUGAAUAUUUAAAUAAGAGAAAGAAGAGAGAUACAAUAUCUUUAAUCUUUAGAUAUUCCUUGGUCUUUGGAGAUUCAUGAAUCUCUUGAGUUUCCACUGAAGAUUGAUAUAAUAUUAGUUGUUAGAUCAUACGAUAUUUUGACCCAAUAUUCACAGGCUUGGUGUGAUAACUGGUUACCAAAAAGGUCAAACGGAUUCUCUCCUUCAUCCUAUACCAUGGCUCAUAGCUUUUAUUUGUUAUUUGGCAAUCUUUUGGGAUGUUUUCUCUAGCGUAUUUUAUUCUUCAACUUAUCCAUCCAUAAACAUCCAUUCUGUUUACCUACACUGUAAUGAUGGCUUUCACCCGUAUAUAAGCGGAUGUAUGCAGUUCGUAAGUGUGGAAACUUAUUCGGCACACAUCCUGCAUCAUCCGGCUACAAAAAAGGGGAAAAUGCUGACGCUUCUCAACCUUAUACGACGAUCGUUUCGGGCAAAAAUUCAUUCCCAAUAAAGGGAAAAGCAUCCGGAAAAGUAAAGCACCCGGACGAGGAUGAUGUGCUACCGGGCGAGGGAAAAACGCAAAUAUUGAUGCAGUGCGCCUUCCCUUGAUUGCGGUCCAGUGUGUUGUGUGCUGUUCGCAUGUUCCCAUUCGUGUGUUGGGUUGGAGCACAUUUUUAACCACAUUCCACGUUGGAGUUUUGCUUCCGAGUGGUAAAAUUAUUUGCUGAUGAAAUUUUGCAAAUCCCUUCCUCCCCGGACACACUGUUUGGCUUUGUGCUAUCAGUUUCCUUCGCAGUGCAAAAAAGAGCUACGAUCGUUCUAAUAAAACCGUUUGAUUGUGUGGGGAUUUAAGCGUUACUAAUCCCCUACUCUUCCGGUUGCAUUAAGCUUUGUUUCAGAAUGUUGUGUGCCGGUAUCGAUAGGAUAGAAUUAUGAACAAAGUGAGUUUAAGCACAUUAAAAGUGUUAAUGAGUAAUGGCGCUGCUUUUCGUGUUUAUUACACGACAAAACAAAGCAAAUAGUAUAGUAACUAACUACCUACUUUACAAAAGCUGUUGCAAAACAUGUUUCUCCAUUAAUUUUAAUGUCUUAUUAGCAACUCUGCUAGCGUCCCCUUCUUCGUCUCUUCCACACACAAAAUGGUCUCUCGUCUGUACAUUCGGUUGCCAUUUGACAGACAGCUGUGGUGAAUGUGGCCGCGCUGAUUUUGCGUAGGCGAACAGCUCGUGAGCGAAAACCUACGGAUUGUUCGAUCUACUAAAGCUGCUAUUCUGGUUGUUGUGCACGGUGGUUCAUUGUUAAUACGUAUAGUGGCAGCUCGUGCAGAAAUGAUUUUUUCUUUAUUUACUUAAAAUCAUUGAGAUGAAUAAUAGAAAAAUUUAAUUUACAUAAGUGUGUUAUCAAAUCUACUUAUUAGACCCUGAAAGUAUGCAAUCACCAUAUUUUAAGGUAAUGUAAAAUUUUGGAAGAUGUACUAAGCGACAUUUUUUUAUGUUGCAUACAUCCAGGCGUUUGAAUUAAAAAUCACACAGCGAAUGAAAACUAUUUAUAUUUUUUCUUUUACGAAAUGCAGUUAUCUUGUCUUUGUAGUUAAUUCGUUGCUAAGAUAAAGAUUUUCAUAUAACGUCUAAAAAGAUAUUCGUUUUUUAUGCUUUUUAUCCUGAACUUAGAAUGUUUUAAUUGAACAAAACAAAUUUUCUAAUGAAAUUUGAUAUUUUUUUCUUCUUUUGCGUGAUUAUUUUCCAACAAACAAAAAUCGACUCCAUUUGUGUAUCUUUUAGCCAAAAAAAAAAUGAUCCAGAGCAUCGCCAUUUUCACCACCAAUCCUCUGAUUGCUUUAUUUGCCCGUACUGUGGCAUGUUUCUCGGAGCAAUGGCGUCUCACUCCAGAUGGUAGCGACCGUAGCCGGUCCACUGUGCGGUGAUGGUGUUCAGCUGGUCCCGCACCGUAAGCCUUUCCACGGACGGAGGUUUCGAUUGUUUAUCUGUUUGUUGUUUGCGUCUGUCCCGCGAUGGCCUUGGCCGAAUGUACGCUUUUGCUGGAAUAUCGAAAGCCAAUUGGAACGACCGAUGAGCACGAGGCAACAACUUCUUUUCGGUCUUUGUUCGUUCCCUCUUCUGUAUAUUUGCUUUACUUUCUUUGCUGGCCAAAUGCUGUAACUGAACUCGCGCGAAUCGUAUCCUUGAGACACACUCACCGGGAGUGUGUAAUGGUGCGGUUUGCACAACGGGGCAAGGUGCAGGCAAAGCGUUAUUUUGUAUAAAAUGUUGCCACCGUAGUGUCGGCAUUCGAAAUCUUCCGUCGAAUCAGCUCCGUCUGUAAGCUCGGCUCUGGGAAGUCGGAGGCGGAGGGAAAAAAUAGGAAAAUAAUUAAUGUCCUGAGGCUGCUGGGUUCGUGGUGACGGCGGUGACUUUGGUUCACGAUAAUCGGAAGCUGUUUACAUAACAAAAUCAUUAUUUACUCGAACGUUUGAAAAUUAAUUGGACUUUGUGCGCGACGGCAACGCGUAACGAGUUUGUGAAGAUAAGGAAAGAAUUUAAAAUUUUCAUCAUUUCAUCGCAAAUGAGUUUAUUGGAAGAACAUUUUAAAAAAGCUCAAAACAUCAAUUUCAGUUUUGGUUUUAAUUAAUUUGAUAGGAAAAAGUUUACUUUUACUUACUAGAACAAAAAACAAUUUCAUUAUCAGUCGGUUGUCAGUCGGUUCGUUUCAGUCGAGUCGAUAAUCACUGUUUACUGUUUUGUGUUUGUUACUGUCCUAUCCGCCGGUGUUUUUUGAAGCAUCCAGGCGAGUGACCUGCACCCAUUCGCAUUACCAUUAAAACAGAUGCUCAAGCGUAAAACUAAAAAAAAAUACCAAGAGAAAAGCAUCAUGCAAGGAAUGGUGGCGUGCACGCGCGUAAAGCUUUUUCAUGUGAUGCUCACGCGUCACUAAUGACAUCGACAUUGGGCUCCCUGCCAGGCGGAGUGAAAGAAGAAGAAGACACAAAAAAACCCGCACACGGACUUGAUUUUCAAACAUUGGUGCUACUAGCAAUGAUCCGCAUUGGGGGCGUGUGUGUUUGUGAGUUGAACGGUGGAAAAGGAAAGGCGGCGGGAGAGGAGUUAAAAAGAAAAUCACAACACUACGCGACCAACGGACAUAUUGCUGCUCACACACAAUCGAAGGGUGGUAGGUCUGGUUUUUUUUUUCUAACAUCAUUAUGCAAUCGGACAUUUUUAAGUUCAAGCAAUGGUUUCGCUAUGCAAACAUUUGCGAUCGCGUGCAUGUGUGUGAUCGUGAAAAAUGAGACCAAAUUAUAGGCAAAUACCUACUUGAGUCUCGCCUUGCUCUUCUUAUUUCCCAACGCCCUUCGUUCGGGUGAACUCUUUUGCACAAGUGGUCGGUUAAUGAUGUUUUAAUGAGCAGAACGAUAUUGUUGUCCAUGAUAUUUGGGUCAGUGUAAUAGGUGUUCGUGUGUGUGUGUAUGGAUGUCGAUCAUAAUCGAACUCAUUAACGUUCAUAUUGUUUUGAUUUAGUAUGUACAACGACCUGAACAAACAUGGCCGAUGAAUGUUUUGAAAAAUCCCACACAAAAACUUCUCAUCUCCCUCAAAAGUGUGCUUAAUAACUUUAAAUCAGUUUAUAAACGGUGGUUUUGCACACUAAUAUUUACCACACGCCGCACAGUUUCGAUGCGUUCUCGCUUGAAGUGUUUAAUUUUAUUAUUGAAACCCAAGCGCAGCUAAAAACAAACAGAAGAGAGAGAGAGAGAAAAAAACACAUCGGCAUCGUGCCAGAAAACUUUCCAACAUAUAUGUAUUAUCGUUAGAAAAUUAUCCCAACCCAACCCAGCCCCUGGAACCGAGUUGAGUUGUGCUUUCAUGCUUAAUUAAUUGAAUUUAAUUAUCAUUCCAUAAUAAUAAUCCCUUUCAAUAGUUUCCCCAUUUUGGUCGUUUUUGUGUGGAAUGAAAAACAAUUUAAAAUGCGAUCGGGUUUUGCUAAAGUUUUGUGCUGUAAAUAGUUUUCCGGACACGGUUUUUUGCUGCCAUUAAACAAACUGUUGGUGGGAAAGUUUUCCAAAUGAUGUCUCGUUCUAUUUAGUGAAAUAAGCGAUAUGUAUGUGAUGGAGACGCAUGGUGUUUAGUAGAGCGACACAUACAAAAGUGGAUUUCAUACGUUGUUUAACGCUAUAAUUUAUUUCAAAAGUAUACGAAUGAGAUGAAAUAUUAUCGAAAUGUUAAAUUAUAUUAACAUUCAACAAGCGAUCGUGUGUGUUGGCAGCUUUAGCAUUGUACCGUGUUUUAAAAACAUUUUGCUACAACAAGGAUUUACACCAUCACAAUAAGCGAUAUACCAUGUCAAAUCGUGUGUGCUGUGCUGUGUACUAUUCGCUGUUUGUACUCUACACGCCUACGAUAAAGAUUAAAUUGCGUUUUAAAUUCCUGCCUUUUACAUUGUACCGUCGCGACCGUCGCGUCGAAUGAUGCCACAGCAAGCGAGGAUCGGAGACGAGACAAGAUCAUCGGUUGAUGGUUUUUUAUUUUGCUUGUUUGCCUUGCCGGCCCGUCGUUUCGCUUUCUUCUCGCACCGUCCAUUGAACUCUACAAUGCGUAUGUGCGCCGUAUAUAAACGUGUUUGAAUGAUGUGUGGCCUGAGUUUGAGUUUAAAUAAUUACACAUGCUUCUAGAGCCUGAGCGUGCGGGGUUUUUUUUUUUGUUUGUUUGUUUUGCUAUGUAUCUUUAUAAUCAUCCAUUACUGUGCCAUUUAAUACAAGGUUUUAAUUACACAUAUUCAUACUUUUAUUUUCUCCCAUCAAAAGGGGUAGCUAAUAAUCAAUGCAAAAAUAUGUUUGAUGAAUAUGCUUUUAUGUACCUUUCGAACAAAAAAAAACUUGAAACUGAAUGCGGCUUUCAUUUCACCCAUAAGUUUUUUUUAGCAGCUUCCUAUCACCACUCAUCGAUUAAAUAAUCUGUAAUAAAAAUAAAGUUGGAAGGAUAAAAAAUUCGUCCCUAUUUCGUCUCGAUAUUUUGUGCAGUAAAAUAGUACACCCCCCUUUACUACACGCACACGAUCACGAUCACUGUGUGUGUGUGUGUUUGGUGCUGCAAGUGUGCGUAAUAAAGUGAAUAUCUCAGCGCUCUUCUGCUUUCUGUGACAAAUGUGUUUCUAGUUUGUGGCGCCUCAGCCACUCAGUGAGAUGUUCGAGUCACUUUUCAUCGUUUCGAAUGAGAGGAUUGGAGCGACAGAGAAGCAGCACUUUUCUUUUGGCACUAUAUUGCUACCCCGAUCGUUGGAAAAUGAGCGACAGUUUCGCUCACCAUUUUCAAUGUUUGAUCGUUUCUCCGGUCUCAUCUUUGGCGUACGCAUGAAAGAGCGUAGCGAUUCUGUACCAGGAAAGGGACUUGGGGAGACCAUACGUACGGGCUUAGUUUGCAGCACAAGCGUAACAUGGUACAAGUUUUUCCGCCAGUUUGGAUCGGAUUGGAUUGCUAGCGGUUUGGCACACUUGGUGUGAAGUUCGGUAUCGGUAUCAAUAUUGGUGUAUUUUAUUUUUAGUACUAGGAUAACAUUGCCCUCGCAAAAGGCAGUUUGUACAGUAGUUUUUUUUUAUACAUAACGUCCUAUUUCCGUGUGUACCGCGGGGUGUGCGUGUAUUUAUGAAACAGAAAACACACGCUGUAGUGUUUCACCGUCGCCGAAAAUCUCGGGUGAAAGUUUCAAUUUAAGUUAAGCCCACAGCACAGCCCAAAACAACCGCAACAAUUAUAGCGGUAAACCCGGAACGGUUCCUCACGCUCCCCCAAAAAAAAAACAACCAGCUGGAAACCGUACCAUUAGACUGCUUUCCCGCACAGGACAUAGGACACAGAGAAAAAAGGGAGAGAGAUAAAAAAGAGGAUAAAACAAAAUAAAAUCUGCGCUUCCUGUUUGUCCGCGUGUUUGAAUGUGUAUGUGAUUGUAUGUGAGUGAUUUAACGAUUAGCAACAAAAUAGUGGCACAGCGUACAAAAUGGUGAUAGGCGAGCAGGUGGAAGGCGGCGAGGCGAUGCCUCCGUCGCCGCAACAGUUCCCUCCACAGAAGGCAACGAUAGAGAACAUUAUGAGCGGCAUAGAGAAUACCGGUGCGGUGAAGAUGAACAAUCAUAGGAAAAAACUUCGUCAAAGAUUUGACAUAAUAAAAAAGCUCGGCCAAGGCACAUACGGCAAGGUGCAGCUCGGUAUCAACAAGGAAACUGGUCAGGAGGUAGCCAUCAAAACGAUCAAGAAGAGCAAAAUAGAAACGGAAGCUGAUCUCAUUCGGAUACGGCGCGAGGUACAGAUUAUGAGCUCCGUCCAGCAUCCCAACAUAAUACACAUUUACGAAGUAUUUGAAAACCGCGAAAAAAUGGUACUAGUCAUGGAGUUUGCGGCCGGUGGCGAGCUGUACGAUUAUCUGUCCGAACGGAAGGUGCUAGCGGAGGAGGAAGCCCGACGGAUCUUUCGCCAGGUAUCGACCGCCAUCUACUACUGUCACAAGCACAAAAUUUGCCAUCGCGAUCUGAAGCUCGAGAACAUUCUGCUGGACGAGAACGGUAAUGCAAAGAUUGCCGACUUCGGUCUGUCGAACGUGUUCGAUGAGCAGCGCCUGUUGGCCACCUUUUGUGGUUCGCCCCUGUACGCGUCGCCUGAAAUUGUCAAGGGUACGCCCUACCAAGGUCCGGAGGUUGACUGCUGGUCGUUGGGUGUGCUGCUUUACACGCUAGUCUACGGAGCGAUGCCGUUCGAUGGGGCCAACUUUAAGCGGUUGGUGAAACAGAUCAGUCAGGGUGAUUACUUUGAGCCGAAGAAACCGUCCCGUGCUUCGCCGCUCAUACGCGAGAUGCUAACCGUGUGUCCGUCGCACCGUGCCAACAUUGAGCAGAUUUGCAACCACUGGUGGGUGAACGAAGGGUACGAGGAAUCGUGCCUGGAUCUGGCGGAGGAGCUCGCCAAUCAAACGCCUGUCCGGUUGGAUGUGCUACUAUCGCUUGCACCACCGUCGGUAACGGCCGAUCAGCUGCUGGUGGGCAAUGGGCAGGAAGAUGCCAAGGCAAAGGAUCGCAUCCAGCGAAGCCACUCGAUGGGUUCGAUCGUUGACAUGGGAGGUACUGAGGCGGAACGGCGUAUUCUGGACAUGGUGGCGGCCGGCGGCGAAGCGGCUUUAAUGCCAUCGCCAACGCGAACCAUCACACCGGCGGAAGCGGCCGCUGGCAGUCCGGCACAGACGAAGCGCAAACUUGAAACGACAGUGUCAACCGAAAACGCUACCGGUGCGGUUAAGAAGAAGGACAAAGCGGACCCACCGUCACCGGCACAGCCUCGCAUACCGGAAGACAUGGACGUGGAGGAGACGGCCGUGGUGGCGAAGCCAUCGGAAGAAGAGCAGAAAAGUGCGGACGAACCGAAACAACAAUCCACUCAGGAAGAUAAACCCACCGAGCCGUCGACGAAACCGGGCGAAACAAACAAAUUCGAAGCACAGGAAGUACUGGAAGAUUUGCAAAAUCUUGAAAAUAUGUGUGACGAACUCCUCCUAGAAGCGGCGGCUCAACCACAAGCACAAUCAACGGAGAAUAGUAGCACUGUCGGGAAGGGACAAUCGGAAACGGUGGCAGCUAGUAAUGGUGCUGCUUUCUCACCACCAACACCGGACACACCACCCAAAACCGUAUCAGGCGUACGAGCGAAGUUGGAAAAAUUGGAAAAGGGCGAUACGGAUCAGAAACCGAUCGUACCUACGACGGCCAUACCUGCCGUGCGGAAGAUUUUCGGCAAGAACAAAACAACCGAUCUCACGUCCGCUAUCAACGAGGUCAACUCGCGAAAGGGUGGUGAUGAAAAUCAACCAACCUCGGGUACCGCACACCGUUCCGCUAGCAGUGUCGAGCGGAAGAAUAGUUUACCGGACGAGAGCCUAGCACGGACGGCCGAACGGCGCAAGUCACGCAUCCUCGAGACGGCGGAAAAGUUCCAGAACCUGAACCAGCAGGCGGGCAAUGGUGAAAAGUUUAAGAAGUUUGUGUUGCCGGGCGGUGGCGUACCGACCGUGGGCAACUACAAGAAAGAGUUCGAACGCAAGACUGGCCUGUCCACGUCGUCGACUUUCACGAAAUCACCGGCCCCGCAGACGGCUACUCUGGAGCAACGGAAACGUUACGAUGAGCAGGAACAGGAAGAGUGCGCAUCCACACCGGGAACACCGCCCGCUUUCGUUGGUUCAGCCAAGAAUCUGGCUGGCUUCCAGCAACAGCAAACGUACGAUGAACUGUCUGUGGCGACCAAAUCGGACGAUGAGGUGAAGGAAAGCGAUUCGAAAAGUUCGGUCGGCAGUUUUUCGCUCGAGGAUGCCCGCCGUUCGAUGGAGAACUCGAUUGCGAUGCUAAAUCGGGUGAAAACGACUGAUUCGAGCGCACCGUCAACGCCGACCUCGAUCGAUCAGCUGUGUGCCCGCACCGAGAGCGUCUCGAUGAUGGAGGACCACGAACGGGAACGGAAGCUGAAGAAUGCUCGCGAGAUCAUCGGCAAUGCGAUACCGAUCGGGCGGCUACGCAAACCACCGAUGCCGUUCGGUGCGAAUGGACGCUCGACCACCGGUACACUUGGUAUCAACAAACCGUACCGGAUGGGUUCGGAAACACCCGAACCACGUUGCGACACAAUGUCCAUCCCGAGAAAGGUAUCCAUCGGAAGCAUCCCCACGCCACCGAAGGAUGAAACGAAAACUUCGCACGCUGAAAUCACACUCAAAUCGGCCACUCUACCACGGCGAAAGCUAUCCAAGCCGCUGGAACUACAGGGAGAUCCGCAAAUGAAGGCGGAUCAGCAGCGUAUGCAACAACCGCCACCCCAGCCCGCCUUCCCUCCGAUGCGUUUCUCGACGGAGAUCCAGCAUCAGAUGCCGGAUCUACGCAGCGCACCGAUCGGUCGCGAUCAUCCGCCCGCCUUUGCUCCGAUGGCCCAUCAGCAUCAACAGCAUCUGCACCAUCGGGCAAACAGCCUGGAACCACAGGGCAAAGAGCAAGCAGGACCUUUUGCAGGACCACAAAAACCUCCCACAUAUCAGCGAACGGUAUCCGGUGCGUACGGUGCUGGGCCGUACGGUCCAUCACCGGUUGGUGGACAGGCUGGUCGGGGAUCGCUAUCGCGCCAGUCGACGAACGAGUCGAACGAUUCGGACAACACCAUCUCGCAGGGACCGAUAUCGACGAACGCGUCCGGCAUGAUGUCCGGUACGGUCAGUACCAGCGGUAGCACUACGAUGCCGAUCAAGAAGAGCCCGCGGGAGUACAUUAUACCGAUCGCGGUCGAGGGUGGUGGUAUUGUGACACCGCGCGCCAACAGUCUGGAACCGUCUGAAUCGAAUGCGUCUUCCGGUGUGUCCGGUGCUGCCGGGUUCGGUAUGAAACCGCGCCUUGGCAGACCGCGUCGUCUAGGCUCUCUCCUGGCGGAGAAUGAUGGUGAGGCGGGUGAUGUAACGUCCUUCCCACGACUGAACAGACAUACCUCGCUGGGACGUGAGAGCGAUUCUGAGGAACCGAAAUUCCACAUGAUGCAUCGUCUCAGGAGCACACGACCAUCGAAACGUGGUACGGCAGACCCGAACGAAUCGGCCAGUUCGGGCGAAGAGGACGAUGACGAUGGUUUCGAAAUACUGACCGCGGAAAAUCUUUUCUCAACGCUUCUGUCUCGGGUACGUGCACUUACUAACCGUUUAAAUGUGAACGACGUCAACUCAACGCGGUUCCCGGCGUCGCGCUUUAUGAACAAUCUGCGCCAAACGCAGGCACCGUUCUGGCAUCAUCAGGAUCCCUUCGGAAGGAACCUUACCGAGGGUAGCAACGCUGCCAAUGCCUGGCGCCACAGCAUGUCGCGAGACUUGAGCACGGACAUCGAUUCAAUGUUUUCGCGUAGCGGAGCCACACUUCCAAGAGGCGCUAGACUCAGAACACAAAGUAAUCAUGUAACGAAUAGUAAUAACAACAGCAACCAAAACCACUACCAUCACCAUCAUCAGCAACCGCCACCAGUGCCACCAAACAGCAGCAGCAACAGCAUUCGUAGUAGUUAUAACAAUAGAUAUAGCUAUCAUCAACCCGCAUCUAACCAUGCCCCCAACUCCACCUCCUCCUUCUACAAGGAUCUGGCAUCCUUGGCCGCGUACGGCAAUGGCGUCGGUAGCAGCGACAGUAGAGACGUCAGCACGUCCAGCGCACCUAGUAGUGGCGUUGGUGGCGGUGGUAUUGGAAGUAAUGACGAGGAGAGCAGCGUAUCUAGUACACUCAGUACCACGAACGGGAAUGGCUACCGGCAUCAGCUGCCAGCAAGGGGCGAUUCUGGCGAACCUGACCUAGCGACGAUGGUGACGACAAUGACGACAAUGACGACGACGGCGACGGAUAGUGGAUCGAUGGAGGAAAACCUGGAUCUACGCGAUCUCGAUCUGUCACAGUUACGAUUGUCGAAGCGUGAUCUGGAAACGCUGUCCAGCAUUACGCCCGCUCUUUCCCAGCGUGUGCAGGAGCAGUUGCUGGCACAGCUUCCACCGCAACAGGCCCGCAAACUCUCUCGCACACUUUCGAUGCAGAACGGUGCAGGUGCUGGAACGUCACAAACAGGGACGGUAGCAAACCAGCGCCUGUAUCGUAGAAGUUAUAGCAACAGUUCGGGUAAUCGAUCACUGGACGCGACGGCCGAGUAUGGUACGGCUGGCAACGGCUGGACACCGACAGGUGGCAGUGAGCUGCGUCGCAGAGGUGGCAGUCAACCUCGGGACAUCCUUUCACCACCACCGGCCUACCAAACACCAGCACCACUGUACGAGAAAUACGCUCCGUACGGUACGAGCAUUCCAACGGCCAACAGUACUGGUGAUUCAUCCGAUCCGGACGCGGAAAGCGUCAUCGAACGUAUCCGGCGCAAGAGCUACUACACACGCUUCAACGACACGAAGAAACCAGCCAAACGGGCCUCGGCCAGCAAUCUCGGUGCGCUCGGUGGCAGCGGCAGUACCGCGGGAAUGGGCACAUCCACCCACGUGAAGGACACUACCGGUAGCAGCAGUUACGGGUACUACGGUAAUGCCGCCGGCAGUGCCGGUACAGUGCGCGAGAAGUCACUAUCGCGCGGUGGUUCCUCUUCCUACAUUCUGCGCCCGAACAAAGAAUCGUCCUACAGUGGAGUCGGUAAGUACGACACGACGACGAGCUAUGCUACUCUCGGACGUACAUCCGAGCAUCCUCAUCGUGGCUAUGCGACGAUGGUGAAUCUCACCAAGACAAACCGAAGCGCUGCACGACUGCGCAACAGUAGCCUGGAUGUUGUUCCACUGGCAGCAUCGGCUGACUAUCAACAUCAUCAACCACACUACCAUCACCACCAUCACCAUCGUCAGCAACAGUCGUUAGGAGCGUCGCUUUCGCGUACCGGAUCGCGACUCCUAUCUACCGACGAUGAUCCACUAACCGACGGUAUAAACUACACCAAUCUCAUCAACAACAACAACAACAACAACAACAGUACCAACACCAGUAAUCACAAAUAUACACGCAACACCUACUACGAAAGUACUGCCGUCCCUUCAUCGUACGGCACCUACACACCGAGACGUCGCUCGUCAUUCGUGGCCGGCGGGUACGGGUCGUCUAAUAUCGCUUCAUCCUCUUCAUCGAUUGCGCUAGAUCUGCUCAAGGACCAUCGCGAUGGCUCGGCGAGCCACGGUAACCUGGCAAAUACGGCUUCUUCCUCCUCCUCCAACACACUGUCCGCGUCGGAGAACUACGGCAUCGGUAGCAGUAACAGCAGCAGCACGGCAUCGCGCACCAUUCGUCCAUACGAGACGCGGAGCAGCUCGCUCCUUACUCCAACGGCGUUACGUGAGUCGGGACGUUACAGCGGCCGUUACGAUAGUGGCACACUCACCAACAAAGCACUGCAACUAAUCAAAAGCCGACUCUAUUCCCUCUUGCUCCGGGUUACAACCACAACCGGCGGUUCCCCGGAUUAUGCCCACCACCAUCCUACCAACGCCCGAUGGUGAAGCACAUCCGCCAGCCAACCUCGCCAUCGAUCCACUCUCUAUCGAAGCUUUAUGAUGAGCCUGAAGCUAGCCUGAGUCUCCGGGCAGGUGUAAGAUAUGUCCUCCUACUAGCGCUUCCUUCCAUUUUGCUUUUCUUCCUCUUCCUGUGCUGGGUCUUUUAGGUAAGGGACAGAUCAAAAUGGCGCGAAACCAAACCCAUAGAACCGUAACCUCGUACUUCCGUUUCCGAAGAGAUGUGCAAGUGAUACUAAGAAAGCGCUACACUAUAUGUAUAAGAAUCUGAUGCUGAAUUUCUGCAUGUUGCAUCUCGUUUCACAGAACUUAUCGCACACGGACCUCGUCCACGUCCAAAUCAACGGACAAUGCGUAGACUGCAGGAAAGAUGGCUUCACGUUAAGUAACGUGUGCAAUCGUCACUCGAUCGUCGAUCAUGUCAACCAUUUCGUUCAUGUUCCGAUUAAUAGUACAUCCAAGUAGUAAAUUAUUGUGCCACUGUACUGGCUCACAAAAAAAGGUAAAUGUGUAGGUGAUGUCAUAUCGGAACACAACACCAUAAUGGCAAGCAAAGUAUACAGCGAUAAUACAACUGGUUAUUUUAGAUGAACGUAAUAGACUAGAAAAAAUUGCAUUUAGGCCAAAAUACACACAUCAACACAUCCACUCAAAUAAAAAGAGAAGGAAAGCCAAAACAAUAACCGCCAAAUAAUAAUUUAUUCAUUACAAAUAAGGUGUGUUAUAGAGAAGAAAUAAAUUCAGGGAAGGAGACAGUUCUAAAGAAAAAGAGAUAGAGAGAGAGAGAGAGAGAGAGAGAAAGAGAGAGAAAGAGAGAGAAAGAGAGAAUGAAAGGAUAAGAGAAGGGGAAAAGCGUUAUCGUACGAAGUGUGAUCACUGAACGAAUUUGUAACGUGUAUUUUAAAUGGUGUUUUUUAUCUGACCCACGCCCUUCUUUACCAGCCAGUGUCCUUAUUGGGACACGUUUCAUCAACACGCACGAUCAAGAACAAUGUCACCAUAUUAAUUACAGAAAAGAAGGGCACAAAUCUCACCAAACGGUUAACCUUAAUAUCCCCACCGGCAGACACAAGCCUCAGACGUAAAACAAAGAUGGUGGAAACCAUACGAUCACCAUGCGUCUCCAUGGAGUAUCGAUCAUGCUGGCUACCUUUACUUUUGUUUUUCUCGUUUGUUAGAUGGAUGCUGUAUCUCACGGUUCAAUAAGCCCAGAAAAUCUUCCAAUAGGCGCUAAAAAAAAACAUUACCCACACACCUAAGUAAGAACUCCAAAUCGGUUUCAGAGACUCUGCACAUCACCACCAUGAAGAGUGGCGAUCAUUUUGUGUCACGAUCCUGUCACCAUCAGUUUAGACUUCAAUUACUCCAACACAUACCUUGUAAGCGUGCUUACACUACGCAAUCCCUUUUCAAGGGCUUUGAUUUUUUUUUUGUACGUAUAUCCUAAUUCCGGUGCCUUUCUUUUCUGAUCAAACAAGAACAACUGAAUCAAACAAGUACGCUCGCGAGAGUUGUUUAGGUAAAGCAAACAUUUGUUAAAUUUGUGAAAGCAAGCCAGAUUGCAAGGUUCCAUGAACUGAGUGUGAAAGAAAAAUGUAACAUUUCUGUGCCAUUAACUAUGGGGAGAAUGAAUGGACAAAAUAGCAAGAAGCACGAUCGCGUAUGAUUGUUUCGAUGACACCAGGAUAAAAACGAGUUGCUCUUUUUGUGCGCCAUAUACCUAUAUGUGUUUCGUUUUUUUUUAGUGAAAUUAGCAAUUAAAUCAAAAACAGCAAUUCUUCAAGCGUCAUAAAGACGUAGUGCGGGUACGAGAGAACACGGGACAAAACAUUGGAAAGAUGCGAAAAAGAAACGACGUUGUUAGAUAAUAUUUUUUUACAAUUUUAUGUAAAGUCAUCCAUGCACAAGAUGCAACAAUUUAAACAAUUGUGUGCACACUCUGCAGAAUUAUGGCGAUAAUAGUUAUUGUGCCCGCGUAAGUCGAUCAAACCGGAUCAAACUUAACAUCAAGCCGGAAGGAGUUUUGAGGAACGGCAAUAAAAUCAAUAAACGGAAAAAGUAAGCAGACGACAGUUAACGAGUAAUCGGUUUUUAAUCGGGCAUCAAUCCCGCCAAUAAGUAAUGCGUUUGGAAAUAUACUGUGAUUUAUGAACACUGAAUGUCCGCUGCCGGAAGACACGGAAUCUCGCGUUUUGCUAGCUAAGAAAGCUACUUCAUUAAAAUGUUGCGAAACACGGCAAAGAAGGAAGAAUUGUUUGGUAAACAUACAUAUACGGAUAGAGCCUACAUUAAAUCAAAUACAACCGGAUGGUUAGACUGUGGUAGAAAUAAUUUGUUCGAACCAAAAAAAAAACUGUUUUACUUUUAAAAAAAUAUCAGCAAUAAUUAUAAAAUAUGAUUCGUUCGCAAAUGCCCAUUUUGAUGUGAUGGGAUGAAUAUAAGUUUUUUAGCAAAAUGAAUGGAUGCCAAACCAUUACUUCGUAUAAUAAACAAGACUAGCAAUAUUUGAUCGUUUCUCCAUCGUAGGAACAAACCCGGACGGCGGUGUAGCAGAGGGGACGAAGCAAGGGAACGUAUCCGGUAAACGGGUGGUGUUCGUUUUGGAUUAAAGGAUAAAUCAGGUUAAUGCAAAACUUUGUUGCCAUCUUACUGGUAUGCUAUUGAAUGAUAGCAGUAUUGUGAAAUUAUCAAUAAACUAGAUUGACGGA